AUUGCACGUUGUUUUAAGAUGGAAAACUGAAGAAGAUGGAAUAGCGAACAGGGGACAAACGGAAUGGUGAAAAUGCACUCGUCUGCGUAAACCAUAGACGUAACGUUACCGCUAACCUGCGAAAACCUUUCAUUAACACGAAAAUCUCCUGUCAACUCACAGCCGAAGCUCCAGCGGCUGGAAUAGGAAAAACAGACUGUCUGGUCUUGUUGGAUUGGGACGAGGGACAGUAAGAAAGAUCCUGGCUUAGGCUGUGGCCUGGGGACAGGCUCUCAUCUGCAGCUGCUGCUAUAUAAAAACAUUAUUGUACUGUUUAAAAACCACUUCGCGUUGGAAUAUUUGACUUAAUUGUUGCGCGCGAUUGUUUUGAAAACCAUGGCGUCUUACGUGGAUAACAGUUUUCGGCAGGCGGUGAUGGUGAAUCCUUCAGACAGGACGCAACAGGACCUGGAGAUCGUUUAUUCCUACUUGCAUGGAAUGGAGGCGCUGUCCAAUCUUCGGGAGCACCAACUGAGGAUAAUGUGUGAAACCGUACGCUACGAAAGACACGAAGCCAACGAAGUGCUCUAUUAUCCUGAUGACAUUGGCACAUGCUGGUACAUUCUGCUCUCGGGAUCCGUCUUCAUCAAAGAGUCCAUGUUCUUGCCACGCUCCAGCUUUGGGAAGAGGUCUGCUGGGAGUUUACGUCGUGGAUGCGAGUGCAUCGUGCUGGAGCCAUCCGAGAUGAUUGUGGUGGACUAUAUGGAUGAGAAUGAGGAGUAUUUCCAGCGGCAGGCAUCGCACCGACAGUCCCGCCGAAGAUUUCGCAAGAUCAACCAGAAGGGCGAGCGGCAGACCAUCAUUGACACCGUAGACCCCUAUCCUGCCGGCAAGCUGCCCGUAGCGCGGGGAUACCAUACGGAAUGCGUUAAGGCUCAGCUGCCGGCAGACUUCAGCAGAUUACACCUGGCGGACGGGAUUCACCCGCAGGUGACACACGUUUCCUCCAGCCACUCAGGAUGUAGCAUCACCAGUGAUUCUGGGAGCAGCAGCCUGUCGGACAUUUACCAGGCCACCGAGAGUGAGCCCGGCGACAUGGACCUCAGUGGCCUGCCCGAGACGGCCGUUGACUCCGAGGAGGAUGACGAUGAGGAAGAUAUUGAACGGGCCUCAGAUCCCCUCAUGAGUCGAGAUAUCGUCCGGGACUGUCUGGAAAAAGACCCCAUGGACCGAACGGAUGAUGACAUAGAGCAACUGUUGGAGUUCAUGCACCAGCUACCGGCCUUUGCCAACAUGACCAUGUCCGUCAGGAGGGAGCUUUGUGCUGUCAUGGUGUUUGCUGUGGUGGAACGGGCCGGUACAGUCGUCCUUAAUGAUGGCGAAGAGCUGGACUCAUGGUCUGUGAUUCUGAACGGCUCAGUGGAGGUGACGCACCCAGAUGGCCGGACGGAAAUCCUGUGCAUGGGCAACAGCUUCGGUGUGUCCCCCACUAUGGAGAAAGAGUACAUGAAGGGGGUGAUGAAGACCAAGGUGGAUGACUGCCAGUUUGUUUGCAUAGCACAGCAAGAUUACUGCUGUAUCCUUAACCAAGUUGAGAAAAAUAUGCAGAAGGUGGAAGAGGAGGGUGAGAUUGUGAUGGUGAAGGAACACCGUGAGCUUGACCGCACAGGCACCAGAAAAGGGCACAUUGUCAUCAAGGGCACACCAGAGCGUCUUACCAUGCACCUUGUAGAAGAGCACUCGGUGGUGGACCCCACCUACAUCGAGGACUUCCUGCUUACCUACCGCACCUUCCUGCCAAGCCCCAUGGUGGUGGGCAAGAAACUGUUGGAGUGGUUCCAUGACCCCAGCCUCAGGGACAAGGUUACACGGGUAGUCUUGCUGUGGGUAAACAAUCACUUCAACGACUUUGAGGGUGACCUCGCAAUGACACAUUUUCUUGAGGAGUUCGAGUACAAUCUGGAGAGAGAGAAAAUGUGUGGGCACCUAAGACUGUUAAACAUAGCAUGUGCUGCCAAAGCUAAACUGCGGGUGGUGACCCUGACAAAACCCUCGAGGGAAGCCCCCCUGGCCUUCACCCUGUUGGGGGGUUCAGAGAAGGGCUUUCGCAUUUUCAUUGACAGCGUGGAGUCAGGCAGCAAAGCUGCAGAGGCCGGCCUUAAAAGAGGAGAUCAGAUACUAGAGGUAAAUGGGCAAAACUUUGAAAAUGUGCCGCUAUCCAAAGUCAACGAGAUUCUCAAAAACAACACGCACCUGUCCAUUACUGUGAAAACCAAUCUCUUAGUGUUUAAGGAGCUACUGGCCAGGCCUGACCAGGACCAGGAGCAAGAACAGGAGGAGGAGCCAGACAGGAAAAACGGGGCACCUCACAUCCCUAAAAUUGGGGACAUUAAGAAAGCCAGUCGUUACUCCAUCCCUGACUUGGCUGUGGAUGUUGAGCAGGUCAUGGGUCUUGAGAAAGCUAGCAAAAAAGCCAAGGCCAACACCGUAGGUGGCAGAAACAAGCUGAAGAAGAUCUUCGACAAGACACUGACCAGUAUUCUUCCACCCAAACCUUACAAUGACGUUGGGGUGGGACAGUCUCAGGAUGACAGUAUUGUAGGGCUUAAGCAGUCAAAGCAGAUCCCUCCUGCUCUUCCUGUCAGUGGAAACCUUUCAUCAAGCAACCCUGACCUGCUGCAGUCACACCAUCGCAUACUCGACUUCAACAACCAACCUGAAGCAGUGCCUAUAAACAUGUCAGACCAGGUAUUGCGAGUGUUCAAGGCAGACCAGCAAAGUCGGUACAUCAUGAUUGGGAAGGACACCACAGCAAAAGAAGUUGUAGCUCAGGCCAUUCGAGAGUUUGCCUUGACUGCUGCCGCUGAAGCCUAUUCGUUGUGCGAGGUUUCAGUCACUCCUGAGGGCGUUAUCAAGCAGCGGCGACUUCCUGAACAACUCUCCAAACUGGCCGACAGGAUCCAGCUGAGUGGCAGGUACUACCUGAAAAGCAACAUGGAGACAGAGACGCUGUGCUCGGAUGAAGAUGCCCAGGAACUGCUACGGGAGAGCCAUAUCAGCUUGCUGCAGCUCAGCACGGUGGAAGUGGCGACCCAGCUGUCCAUGCGCGCCUUCGAGUUGUUCUGUGCCAUUGAGCCCACCGAGUACAUUGAUGACCUGUUUAAGCUGAAAACUCGCCUUACCGGGCCCCCCAGCCUCAAGCUCUUUGAGGAAGCCAUCAAUCGGGAGACCUUCUGGGUGGCCACGGAAGUGGUGCGUGAGCCCAACCAGCUCAAACGCAUGAAGAUCAUCAAGCACUUCAUUAAAAUUGCACUGCAUUGCCGCGAGUGCAAGAACUUCAACUCCAUGUUUGCCAUUAUCAGUGGUCUGAAUUUGGCCCCGGUGUCCAGGCUGAGAGGCACAUGGGAGAAGUUGCCCAGUAAAUAUGAGAAGCUGUUUAGUGAUCUUCAAGACCUAUUUGAUCCCUCCAGGAAUAUGGCAAAGUACCGGAACCUUCUUAACAGCCAGAACCUGCAGCCACCCAUUAUCCCUCUCUUCCCUGUAAUCAAGAAGGAUCUCACCUUCCUGCAUGAAGGAAAUGACUCGAAGGUGGACGGUUUGGUGAACUUUGAGAAGCUGCGGAUGAUUGCUAAAGAAAUCAGACACGUAGGCCGGAUGGCAGCUGUAAACAUGGACCCAGCUCUGAUGUUCAGAACCAGGAAGAAGAAAUGGAGGAGUUUAGGGUCACUCAGCCAGGGCAGUGCCAAUGCGGCUGUCCUGGAUGUAACCCAGACAGGCGGGCACAAAAAGCGCGUCAGACGGAGUUCCUUUCUCAAUGCCAAGAAGCUGUACGAGGAUGCACAGAUGGCACGCAAGGUCAAACAAUACCUUUCCAACCUCACCCUGGAGACAAACGAAGAGAGCCUGCAGACACUUUCAAUGCAGUGUGAGCCCUCAAUCAACACAUUGCCGAAGAGUUCCGGGGACCGGAAGAGACCUGACACGUCGCCCGUGGUCGCACGGGCCGCCAUCCACCAGCGCCAGCAGCUUCAGAAAGCCAACCAGGCGCUUCAAGUGCCUGCCGUUGCCCUCUACCCAUCUCGCAAGAAAGUGCCGGUCAAAGACCUACCGCCGUUUGGCACAAGCUCACCGCAGUCUCUAAAGAAGAUACUGUCCCUUUCAGAGGAGGCAGGAGAGAGACACAAGAAACAGACAGAGGACAGUGUGUCCAACAACUCCUCACAGCUGUCAUCUCCUCCCACAUCUCCUCACAGCUCACCUAAGAAAGGUUAUGGACGAGCUGGUGAUUACCUGUCAGACUCUGGCCACAGUGAGAUCUCCUCACGCUCCAGUCUGGUGAGCACAUCCUCCCUGGACAUGGGGCAAGAUGAACGCAGGCAGCGGUAUGCAGGAAUAGCUGUAGAGGGCCAUGUGAGUGGUCACCGGCUAGAGCGCAGGGCCACAGCUGACCCUGAUCAGUACAGCUUGGGGUCCUACUCAUCCAUGCAGGACUGCCGGGGUCUGUAUGCCGGUGCCACCGUGCUGUCUUCCCCCAGCUCAGAGGAGCUUACCCAGGACCAGGGUGACCGGGUGUCUCUCGACGCUGCUGAUUCUGGUCGUGGCAGCUGGACUUCAUGUUCCAGCGGCUCGCAUGACAACAUUCAGACCAUGCAACAGGGGCGUAGCUGGGAGGCGUUGGCAGAGGGGGCUGGGCUGUGGGGAAGCAGGGGGAGCUGGGCGUCCGCCUGCUCUUCUUCGUCCUCAGCGGCAUGUUGGGGUGAGGACUCUGAGGGCGACACAGGUACCAUCAAGCGAAGAGGAGGGAGGGAUGUGACCACAGACCCAGAGACCAGCAGCAUCACCUCCACCGGUUCAGAAGAGUCCCGGCAGCACAGCAGACGCCCUUCGCCCAUCACGGCGGGAAACACCAAGGCUGUGAUCACACGGAAGGACGGCCGUUACCGGGACCCUCCGCCCACGCCGCCGGGAUACACGGCUCUGACCAUCACAGACGUGACCGAGGGCACGGCUCACUCAGGCAGGAGACCCCCGGACUACACCACCGCCUUGCAGCGCUCCCGUCUUGUCACGCAUUCCCCCGACUCCCAGCAGCCCCCGGCUGCGGGAAAACCCAUCCACUCGCCGGACCCCCGGGGCCGAGAAGAGGAGGAGGCAGAGGAGGUGGAAGAGGAGGGUGAGUGCUUGUCUCCCAAACUCAGAGCUCAGAGGAGGAGAGGUCCACACACAGCAGUUCCCCCCAGGCCAUGAGUUACAUACACCACCCCAGCAGGAAGAGGAUGAACAGGUGUCCGCUGUUUGAAAGGGGACGACACUGGGUUUUAUACGGAUGCUGCGUUGACUGAUGGCCCAUAUCAGGCCUUCACAGGUCAGACAGACAGACCAUCCAGUCUACAUCUUGCCGGCACUGCCUCUCUCCCUCCUCAAUGAUGGAUUCUUCUCCCUGCCCUGCCUUAAUGCAAUGGGGGGUUUGAUGCCCUGCAUGCUAAAAAUACUGUGAAGAAAGGAGGCGAGCAAAAAAAAUAACUUAUUUGGCACUUUGGAGAUUGAACUGAACUGAAACUCGAACACAGCGCUUUCGACAUUCACACACAAGAAACAAACUACUGUUAACGGUUGUCUUCAGACAAUUUACUCUUUCCUUCUGCUUAAAGGUCACACUAACGUGUUUAGUAGUUCCCCUCAGCACUUUUUUUAAACUGUUUUUAAGGUGUAAACAGAUGCACACCAUCAGCGUUUCAAUCUCCUGAUUCUGGACAUGCAGUUUGGAUGGCUAAAAAGGCUUGACUACAACUUAUCACCCCACCUGUUCACAUCAUAUCUGUGUGGUUUAGCAUUGCAGUAUUAUAUUUGCUGGAGCACAGCUUGAAGGACACCUCUUCUACUGGCUGACUACAUCAUGAUGGAGUUCACAUUGAUCAUUGACAAACGUAGCACACCAAUUUAAUAAGGAUGGCGCUUUGUGAGAGGAAACGAUUCUAAGUUAAGCCUUAGUGGGUGGUUUCAUCGGUUCUAAAGCAGCGAGAAAGUACGAAUGAAAAGCUCUGACUGAACAAAUCUACAUCUGUGGGUAAUCCAGCCGCCAAAGUCCUUUUAAAAGUGAACCAGUUCAGUUGCAGGAAGCUUUUAGUGGUGGAGAGGAAAUGUACACAUUCAUAUUACAGUUUUACCAGUUCAGCAUCUCUAAAAACUGAAAUUGAAGCAGAAUUCCAUAGUUGUGUCUCAAGCGCCCCCUGUUGGUGAAGGUGAGAACUGAAGGCUACUCAGGCAAAUAGGGUCAUCCUAUUCGGGUGCUACUUCCUUCCUCUCAUUAAGUGAUGCCAUUAAGGAGGUGUGUGUGGAAAAACAGUGUUUUUGGUGUUGUUUUUCUUUGAGGAUUCAAGUUGUGCAUGUUUCUCCUGGAGUGGGCCUUGAUCUAAACACCACCGCUGCACAAACAGCUUCCACAAUCACUCACAGGAGCUGAACUGAAACGUGCUUUUGAGACUCCGGUGGGCCGGAAACACGCAAACCCACCCGAAUCCUGCCAGCCAGAGCAGAGCAGAGCUGAACCGGUGGGAGCACGUCACUUUCAUUCUUUUAUUUUAAUCACUGAGUUAAACUGAUCACAUUGAUCAGUAGUUAGAAACAAUAGACUUGAGAAGAAGAAAAAGAAGUUUGCAGUGUUUUCAACUGUAUCCUGUAACAUCACUACUUCAGUGUUUCUUUCUCUAGUUGCCUGUUUGUUCGUUUGUAGAUUUUGUUUGGUUUGUUUUCAUUUUUUUUUGCCCCCACACUUUUUUUUUCUUUUCUUUUUUUUUUUAGUAAUGGUUGCGGAUACAGUUGUUAAUAGCAACACAUUUGUAACAGUAAAUAUAUCGACCAUCUGCUUCCACUUAAUUAUUAUUUUUAUUUUUUUAUUUUUUUUAGUAAAUAUUCACGUUUUGGCAAGCCAAAAUGAGUCGCUUGUUUUGCAAAAUAAGUUGCACAAAUUGUACAAGCAUAAAUAAACAAGGUAAAUAGUAGUAGGUAGCUGUUCUGCUACUCUGUUCGAUUUGUGAUGUCAAGUGAGACGUGUACAUUUAGCUGGUGAAGAUUCACUCUUUUUUUGACUACUUUUACCUGUACGUCUUUUACAAAGACAAUUGGUGGAGUAUGUAUUUGUUCUUUUUUUGUGUGUCUUUUUGUUUUGUAUUUUUAAUACAAUAAUUGUAAAUAUUGGUUAUAUUUUUGUUGAAUUGUAGAAACGUAUGAUGUUUAUGCCUCAACAUCCAGUUUAUUUGAUGCUGGGAAUCAUGAAAUUCGACAAAAAAUUAAUCAACUUAAUUUUUAAAAGCACAUAAUUAUUAUUAUUAUUGCUCUUUUUUUGUUUAGUUGGUCCUGCAUUAAGUUUUUUUUUUUGUUUUCAAACAUUGUUUUAAAUGACCUCUGGCACCAUCUAGUGUUUGCACAAGAGAAAACUUGGAAGUAACUUGAAAUGUGUAUCUCAUACUUUUCUAACUGACAAAUGUAUGUUGGGGUUAAUAAAAGACAUCCAUAUCUAUCGGCUGUUCAACACUUUCA